CGGCUGGGGAAGCACCGCGCAGAGCUCAGAGGCGGCAGAACAGGGCGAAAGAAAAGAGAAAGAGCCAAACAGCCCAAGCCCCCAACUCCCGCAGCCCCAGCUCCAGCCGCGACCAUGCCCAGCCCUGCCACCGGCACCGUGCUGCUGGCGCUCGCCCUCUGCGUCCUCCUGGGAGAUGGUAUGGGACAUCAUCCCUUGGAGACCCAUCUGGCUGCCCACCCCAGGACCAAACGAUGCUCCUGCAACAGCUGGCUGGAUAAGGAAUGCAUUUACUUCUGUCACCUGGACAUCAUCUGGGUCAACACACCGGGGCACACCGCUCCCUACGGCCUGGGAAGUCCACCAAGGCGGCGCAGGAGAGCGCUCGGCAGGUGCGAGUGCUCGCACUCCAGGGACAGCAUCUGUGCCACCUUCUGCCAGGCACAGCCUGGGUACCUCCAAAAUCUGAAGCUCCCAGUGAGCUCUGGAGCAUCAAUGAAGUCUCCACAGAGCAGUGGUGUGAGGCCUUCCCAUCAUGGGCUGCUGAGAGCUCUCAGGGACCUUGCUGUCUCCGGCCUGCGGCUCAGCAAGCGCCAGCACCGUUCCCGGGGGAGCACACAGCCAACGGUUCUGCCCUGGGAGAAAAACAUCUGGAAGAAGAAGAGAUAAAGGAGCAGGUGCACACCAAGUUCACCAGAAGGAUCUGGAGUCCCGUGGGUGCCACUGACGCCUCUGUCAGUAGUUAGAGCUGAAGGAAAGGCCACGAGUGGAAGGGGGAAGGAGUGGAAGUCUCCAUGCUCCUGGCGUGAAGCAGUGCUGCAGGCACUCCAGAGACUGAUGUAAAGGGAAACCUCUCUCUAUACAGUCACAGGUGUGCUGUGGAGCUGAGUUGUGCCUUCUUGGAUCAGGCAAGGGGCUUGCUGGAGGAGCAUGAGCUGAGCUCUGCACCGGAGCACUAGGCAGAGGGGGCAGCCUGUGCUGGGGGCUUGUUUCAUGUACCAACUGGUUGGCUCCACACAGUUCUGGACCUGGCAGUAUGGAGUCCAUGUCACUGGCCUGGGCUGCUCUGCCUUGGAGUCAUCUUUGAGUAUGUUCCCAGCUUGGCCCCAGUCAGAAGUGGCUUGGCUGGUGGU